AUGGUCACCAGCAUGGGUCCCGAACAUGACCGAGCAAUCGAAUUGAGAGCAUCCGACGAGACAAAAUCCGGGGUCAAAGGCCUCGUGGACGCUGGGAUCGCCCAAGUCCCCUGCAUAUUUGUUCGGCCGUCCGACAGCGUGGCCUGCGGUGAGGAUCAUGCGGACAUCCCGGUGAUGGACCUAGGACAUGCGAAUGCAGGCCCCACCAGUCACGAUGAGAUGGCGCAGAAUAUCGGGAAAGCACUCGAAAAAUGGGGUUUCUUCCGGGUGAUCGACCAUGGGUUCCGUGAGAGCCUCUUGGAGGAGGUGAUAGAGGGGUCUCGCAGGUUCUUUGCUCUUGGGGAUAAGAAUGCAUGUUAG